AUGGCCACGGUGGUGCAAACUGCUCCUGACUCUGGCCACGUCAUGCAAACUGGGCUGACUUCUGGCCGACGUGACGACGGCGAUGACAUAUCUUCCAACAUAGGUGGCGAUGACAGUGCUGCCGCCACUUCUGGCGCUACCGCUGACAUGGAUGCUGUUGCUGCUGCCACCACCGUUGCCGCGCUUGCAAGCAACAGAAGGUCUGCCGCUGCCUCCAAGCCCGAGUCCGAGCCGGCGGCGGCAUCCAACAGCAGCAAGUCCGAGCUGGAGCAGCAUGGCUUGCGAUCGUACACCUGCGUGCGCUGCAAGCGCAGGCGGCCCGAGACCGCGUUUCCGGUCCAGAAGCGCAAUCUCAAAAAGCCGCGGCACAUCUUCGCCGACAAGUAUCUCUCGCGACUGGUGUGCACCUGCCUCGAGUGCGUCUUCUUUACCGCCCGUUAUGCCCGCCCGCUUCCGGGCGCCACAACCGACGUAUUCACCACUGGCCCACAGCCGCUGAUUGUGCCGCUCGAGCUCCAAGCCGAGACCGAGGUCGCAGCACCCGAACCUGAAGCCGAGCCUGUAGCCGAGACCGAGACCGAGGCAGAGACAGAAGCCGAAGCCGAGCUCCCUACCGCCGACGCCGCCGCAACCGGCAACGACUCUGGUGACGGAGCCAGUGCAUCCGUCGGCUCCGAGGUCCCAAUUCGGCGCAGCGGGCGGCGGCGGCGAUCCUCUACGCUCAAGUCUGCGGUGGCAGAAGCAUCACCGUGGCGGCGGCAGCGGUCGUCCAGACCGCGAAGCGCUGCGCGCUCUCAUACGACGGUGGUCCGGUACGUCGAGCACAAGCACUCGAUGUUCUGCAACAAGGUCGCAGGCUGGGUCCGAUUCGACGAGUGGGCAACGCUCGAUGACGUGCCGGCCGAGGACGCGCCGCGCGCCAAGUGGAUUGCUUACCUCAAGGCUCACGCCAUUGGGGUGGAGCGCAACCCAUCGACUAGCGAGCCGGUCCUCAUCAUCCCGCACACCCACAAGAAGCGAACCGGCGAGCCGGGCAAGACAUGCAAGGUCCAGUUUGACGAGACCAACUUUGUGUUUGGCCUCCGCCGCGAGAAGCGAACCAAGUCGUCGCCGCCAGUGCGGCAACCGCCGUCAUCGGCCACCUCCGCCCGCGCAACCACCACCACUAUCAAGUCGCAGCGCCGUAGGACGCCCACCAGCAGAAUGGUGCCUGUCCGGUCUGCCUCGAACCGGACCUCCGAAUGGAUGCAAGCCAGUGCCAUGCCGGCUCCCGGUACGCCCUCGCACAGCUCUAUGCCACCCGGCACGCUGGCUCCCGGUCUCAUGGGCAUGUUCGGGCAGAGCAUGUACGGCAUGCCAGGCAUGGCUCCUCUCGGCGGCUCGAAUCCAGCAGCAAGCAUGGCUGCGCUCGCUGCCUCGUCCGCCAUGCUCUCAAGCAUGUACGGCAUGAUGCCGCAUGGCAUGAUGCCCGGCAUGAUGCCGCAUGGUAUGAUGAUGCCGCCGGGCGCGCUCGGCUUUGGCGGGAACCCGUAUGCUGCCCUCGUUGGCCCGCACGCCACCGCCGCGCUAGCCCCGCUUGCCCUCCCAGCAGGCGUCUCGCGGCCCGUCGCCGUUCAGGCCGCCGGAACGCUCGUCGCGCCGACGCCGGCGGUGCAACCUCCAGCACCGCAGCCGCAUAGCGAGGUCGCUAUGGACGUUGUGUCCAAGAUCAAGCCCAAGGCCGAGCCCGGCGUUGCAACCGCAGCCAUCGACAGCGCCUGGGCGCGCCUUGCCAGCCAUCGAGUUAACCUGUCCGACUCCAUCGGCAUCUCAUGGAUCCCCAACGUGUCGAUAACGGCGCAGAUGGCGCUGGUGGUCAUGGCUGGCCUCCUUGCCGCCGCUGACGACGGAGAAUCACUCAACUCUCUCGCGGCCUUUGCCACCGCCCGCCAGCUGGCGCUCCUUCCGCCCAGCCUCAGCACCGAUGCUAUUGCCAAUCGUCGCGCAUUGUAUGCCUCGUACAUCGCUGACGCCAUCGCUGACGCCGUCGCUGCCGCACACGAGAUCACCGACGGCAUGACUGCCCUCUUGGAGACUGCUGGCUCUAGUUUGGUCGAUGCUUGGAUCGGUGUAGGCGCCGACGGCGGCCUCACCAUCCACCCGGCCUUUAGCGAGUGGUGCGAGCGGAUGGCCACUGCCGAGCGCACUCUUCUCGCUGCUGCCCUCCUCGCCACACCUACCAUGCCCGGCGAGACAUACUGGACGUCGGCAACUCGGCCACCAGUCUUUGCCGUCUCGGACAUUGUGCGGCUCGUCGUCGCCCUCGACGCCGCAUCGCGCUCGGCUCGCCCUGUCGACGUGUUUGAGUCUGGAUACGCAGCCGCUUCCCGCGCGCUCAUCGCUGAUCUCCGGCUCCUAGUCGACUUUCGGGCCUUUGCGGCAUCGCCAUCGUCGGCAGACCCGCCACCGCUUCCAGGUGCCGCUUUUGACGCCGCCCUGGCCAAGUCGCCGGUCUGGCCGGUCGUGCCUGACGAGCUCACACUCUUUGCCACCGCCGAUCUGGAUGCCUUCCGUCCGCUCUGGAAUGCGUUCACUCGCUCGGCUCGCAUCGGCGCCAAACUGGUCUGGCCCUUUGCUCUGCACCCGUCGCGCAAGCGCGCCCGCGAUGCCGCCAGCGGCGGCGCCUCCAACGACGGAGAUCAACAACGGGAAAGGGCAGAGAGCCAAGGCGCCUCCGUCGACGACAUCCCCGCCGAGCCCGCGCCCAAAAAGGCCCGUCAUCUAUAGACUGAUGUCGGUGCUGUGUUGUAAAUGUGAUCAUGCC